AUGGAUAUUGGAGAACACAAUGACAGGAUCAGGUAUCCAGUGCUCGUGAUACUGGCGGUGCUGGUGACUUCGCUGCCGCCCAGCACGUCCUACAUAGACUGCAGGAUCUCUUGUCGCCGCUGCCACGAGAACACAGAGCACCCCUCCGUGCUGGAGGUGUACUGCGCCAUGUGCGAGGAGUGCAAACAAAGACGAAGAGAAAGGUAUUUACUUAGGAUGAAAGGACGUACUACAUCUGCACGGACUACUUUGAUUAGAAUGCGGGAUGGAGUCAGAGGGAGUGCCGAAGCGUUGGCCAAAUCACUCUUGCUGGGACAACAAGCAGCGGCGCACCCACCUGAACGUCCCGGACCAUCUGGACAGCCUGGACCGCUGGGAUCACCUAGUCAAUAUUUACAGCCCGGACAGCUAGGGCAUCACGUGCAACCAAGAGCGCCAGGACAUCCAGGGCAGGGACUACUGCCAAUGUUCAUGCAGCAGCACCUGCAGUCGCACCCGCAGCUGCCCCAGCAUGAACCGGGGGCGGUGUCGCGUCCCGCCCAACGUGUCUACGGGAAUGAGAUGGAAAGACCCAUGCCACAACCCUCGUUCCCAACCGGCUGUCCGACGCCGCCGGUCUGCCCCGAGUCGGAGGAGGAGCCAGAAAUCAUGGUGGAAGUGUCUACUACUACCACAAGCACGACAACCCAGGCAACCACCACGCCGCAUUGCCCGCCCAUCAAAUGGUGUAGGAAGAAGAGAAAGCAUCAGCCGAGCUGCAUGCCGUGCAUGCCCAUGUGUCCGUGCCCCGUGCCGCAGCAGAUGCCUGUGACGACGGCGCCCACGCACCUGGACUACCAAUACUUGUACAUUGGGCUACCAAAGAGUAUAUUGCGAUCCAGCUAG